UGGGGUUUGAACUUGCUAUGCAGGCGCUCUACCUACCACAUCAGCCACUCUACCUGCCCUACCUUUCCUUAUUUUUUUAAAAAUUCACUUAUUUUUGCGGUGCUGGGGAUCGGAUGCUGAGGGGCGGAGUCCCUCUAAGCUCAGUUUUUGGAGGCGCGUGGCGGGGACGGUUGGGGGCGGGAGACUCCUCCAUCCCUUCCCUUCCUCUCCUCUCCCCAGCGGCGAAGCCCCGCCCAGUCCCCCCUCGGCGGGCCUGGGGAGGAGCACGUGCCCGGUGGGCGGGCCCGGUGGGCGGGGCCUGCCCGCCUGAUUUAUUCCGGGCGCCGCACACGGCGCGUUCCGCUGGUCGCUCGUCCGCCGCUGCAAGCAGAAGCCCGCAGCAUGCAGCAAGCCCGCGUGCUGGCCGCGCUGUGCGGCGCGCUGCUCUGCGCCUGCGGCGUCCUGGCCGCCUCGGGUGACUUCUGUGACUCCAACAUAUGCCUGAAUGGUGGGACCUGCUUGAGCAAUCAGGACGGUGACUUUCACUGCCUCUGUCCCCAGGGUUUCACAGGCUCUGUCUGCAAUGAGACUGAGAAAGGUAUGGGUCCCUGUUCCCCAAAUCCCUGCCACAACAAUGCUGAGUGCCAGGUGGUUAACAAUGGACGGGGAGACAGCUUCACCCAGUAUGUCUGCAAAUGCCAGAAGGGCUUCUCCGGGAUCCACUGUGACAGCCGCUGCAUCAGGAUGCUGGGCCUGAUGGGGGGCGCCAUUGAAGACUCACAGAUCUCAGCCUCGUCUCUGCACGUGGGCUUCCUGGGUUUACAGCGCUGGACUCCGGAGCUGGCCCGCCUGCACCUCACAGGCAUUGUCAACGCCUGGUCACCCAGCAGCUACGACAGGAAGUCCUGGAUCCAGGUGAACCUGCGGAGGAAGAUGUUGGUGUCUGGUUUGAUGACACAGGGUGCCAGCCACGCAGGGUUUGCCGUGUACGUCAAGACCUUCAGGGUGGCCUACAGCUCUGAUGGACACAAAUUCCAGUUCAUCCAGGAUAUGGAGGGGUCUGGAGACAAGGUGUUCGAGGGUAAUUGGGACAGUAAAAGCGUGAGGUCCAACAUGUUUGACUCCCCACUGGAGACGCAGUACGUGAGGGUGUACCCCAAGACCUGCUCCUACCGUGGCUGCGCCCUCCGCUUGGAGCUCAUUGGCUGUGAUUUGGACGGAUGUUCCGAUUUCCUGGGUCUGAGGAACUACAGCAUCCCUGACAAGAGCAUCACGGCCUCCAGCUUCCAUAAGACCUGGGGUGUGCAAGCCUUCAGCUGGCACCCCUUCUUCGCGCGGCUGGACAGGCAGGGCACGUUCAACGCCUGGACGGCCCAGAGCAACAAUGCCUCCGAGUGGCUGCAGAUUGACCUGGGCUCGAAGAAGCAGGUGACAGGUAUCGUCACUCAGGGGGCUCGUGAGUUUGGCCAUGUCCAGUACAUAGCAGCUUACAAGAUGGCCUAUAGUCCUGACGGUGUGCACUGGACAGAGUACAAAGAAAAUGGGGCCAGCGAAAGCAAGGUCUUCCGUGGCAACUCAGACAACAACUCCCACAAGGAGAACAUUCUGGAGACACCCAUCUUCACCCGCUUCGUGCGCAUCCUGCCCGUGGCCUGGCACAACCGUAUCACCUUGCGGAUGGAGCUGCUGGGCUGCUAGAAGUGUACGCCCAGGGGACCAAAGUGACCAGAAGGGCUGUGAGGCGAGGGGUCACCUGCCUCUCUCCCGGCCCGCUGCCUUCUGUGGCCUGCUGCCUCCUCAGCUCUCACUCCCAAUUGCAGUGGGGCCGGGGGCCAGAGUGGGGAGAGGGCUUCAGGGUUGGUGCCACAGGGCCAUAGCCUUCCCACCUUGCCACCCCCCCCAGGCCACCCCUCCUGCAGUUGCACCAGGGGGACCGGGUAUGUCUGGGAUGGAUAGGGCAGGGAUCCCCGCACAUCUCCAGAUCCCUGACUCCCUGGGUUGGCUCCAGAGGGGCCUCUGGUCUCCCCAGCCCCUCUUCACACACCACAUUACCACAUCCCUGGAGGAGAACCCAAGGCGCCAGACCGGUGAUAAUGAUAAGGAACAGAUGCUGUUCCUUAUCUCCACAGACCCCUUGACCCUUGCCCUGAAGCCGAGGAAGAAGGAAGGGGCAGUUGGGCUGUGGAGAGAUGGGGGAAGUAGGAAAGAGGUGGGCUGGCCAGAUGGGUGCUGGGCCUCUGAGCUGCCUCUCCACCCGAGUACACAGGCACCCUCCAAAAUAUAUUUGUAU